AUGUAUUUGCCAUGUGGAUGGAGCUGUUUUGGGAUAUUUCUAGGGAUCUUCCUGCUGGAUUAUCACUGGCAAACGGUGUCGGGGCAGCUCUCCUAUUCAGUCUCAGAGGAGGUAAACCCGGGGACUGCUGUUGGAAAUAUUGCAAAGGACCUGAACAUUAAAUCACAGGACUUGGAAUCACGCAUGUUUCAAAUUGUUACCGGAUCAAAGAGAAAAUUAUUCGAGGUAAAUCUUAAGACUGGGGUACUAUAUGUCAGUGAGAGAAUAGACAGAGAGGAGCUUUGCGCAGAUGAACUGAAAUGCUCAGUAAGUGAAGAGGCUGUCAUAAAUAACCCUUUAAAGCUUUACCGUAUUGAUGUAGAUAUUUUAGAUAUUAAUGACAAUGCUCCAUUGUUUACGACCAAUUUGCAAAAUUUGUACGUAGCAGAGAGUUCUUUACCAGGAGUGAAAUUCGCAUUAUCUCAAGCAACUGAUGUAGAUGUGGGGAAAAACGGAGUCAGUAUUUACAAAUUAAGUCAAAAUGAGCAUUUCUCUUUGGCAUUGCACAAAGAAGGGAACAGUGUGUCUGCCGAGUUAGUGUUACAGAAAGCUUUAGAUCGAGAGAAACAGCCUGUGAUCACAAUGACACUGACCGCGGUAGAUGGAGGAAAUCCCCCAAAAUCAGGCACCUCACAAAUCGUUAUUAGUGUUUUAGAUAUUAACGAUAACCUUCCAAUAUUCAGCCAGACGUUGUAUAAGACUCAAGUUCCAGAAAACACGCCUCUCGGUACAAUAGUAAUCGCUGUGAACGCGACCGAUGCAGAUGAGGGCCUGAACAGUGACAUUGUUUAUUCACUAAGAAGCAAAGACCAAGAUCACGUACUUGAUAUCUUUGAAAUUGAUAGUCAGACAGGUGUUAUUAAGGUAAAAGGUAAUAUUGAUUUUGAAGUAAAAAAAGCUUUUGAGAUACGUGUAGAAGCCAGUGAUAAAGGGCAGCCUCCAAUGUCCGCUCACUGUAAAGUGCUGGUAGAGGUAAUGGACCUAAACGAUAAUGCUCCUGAGAUCACUGUGACGUCACUACAAACCACAGUGAAAGAGGACGCUGAGGUAGGUACCGUAGUUGCUCUAGUGUCAGUCCUCGAUAAGGAUGGUGGGAAAAACGGUGAUGUGAAAAUUCAAAUAAAAAACGAGGUCCCACUUAAACUCGAGACAAACUACAAAAAUUAUUAUUCUUUGUUGGUUGACGGGCCCCUGGACAGAGAGAGAGUCUCCAACUACAACGUAACCAUAGUAGCCACCGAUAAAGGAACCCCAUCACUCUCCAGCACGAGCGUACUUUCUAUACACGUGUCUGAUGUAAAUGAUAAUUCACCCCUGUUCCCAGAACCGCUAAUUAAUGUCUAUGUGAAGGAAAACAGUCCAGUGGGAGCAGUCAUUAAAACAGUGACUGCCACUGAUGCUGACGUUGACCAAAACAGACACGUACACUAUUCUCUUUUACAACGUAAUAGUAAUCCGUUAGCCUCAAUGGUAAACAUAAACUCAGAGACAGGAGAUUUAGUCAGCCUGCAGUCUUUUAACUAUGAGGAGUUAAAAACGUUUCAGUUUAAAGUCCAGGCCACAGACUCUGGUGUUCCUCCUCUCAGCAGCAACGUGACUGUGAACGUUUUAAUUCUGGAUGAAAAUGACAAUAGUCCAACAAUUCUCUCGCCCUAUUCUGAGACUGGCUCCGUUAACAGUGAGAGCAUCCCCUAUUCUGCUGAGGCGGGAUACUUUGUGGCAAAGAUCAGGGCUGUAGAUGCAGACUCUGGAUACAAUGCGCUGCUUUCUUAUCACCUCUCUGAGCCCAAAGGAAAUAACCUCUUCCGGAUCGGAACCAGCACCGGAGAAAUCAGGACUAAGAGGAGAAUGAGUGACAAUGACCUGAAAGCUCACCCCUUGGUGGUGUUGGUUUCUGAUAACGGAGAACCCUCCCUGUCAGCUACUGUGUCUAUUGAUGUGGUGGUAGUUGAAAGCACAUCUAACAUCCAGACUCAAUACAAACAUGUGCCCAUAAAGGAGGAGAGCUUCUCUGAUUUGAACUUGUACCUGCUGAUCGCCAUUGUGUCGGUGUCAGUGAUCUUCCUGCUGAGUCUCAUCAGUUCAAUAGCUGUCAAAUGCCACAGGACAGACAGCAGUUUCAGCAGGUACAGCGCCCCAAUGAUCACCACCCACCCUGACGGGAGCUGGUCUUACUCUAAAUCUACUCAGCAGUACGACGUGUGUUUCAGCUCAGACACAAUGAAGAGUGACGUAGUGGUUUUCCCCGGACCGUUUCCGCCUGUAGAUGGUGAACUGGUCAGUAUUAACGGAGGGGACACUUUUACCAGAACUCAGACUUUACCCAACAAAGACAAGGUAAGACAAAUUUAG